GUCAAAUUAUUAUGUAGACGAGCGCGUGCUUGAACCCCUUCAUCGCCUCCCCCUACUACCUUCCAUAUCCCUAGUUUACAUCAAACACAAGCCACCUAUUUCAGUUCCCAUCUGUCACUGUCUCUCAAGGUCAAGCAUCCCUCGAACCAUUGACUUCUCCAGCUAGUCAAUUAGUUAACUGUUAAUCAUCGAUUUCGCGUCAAGUCACUUCAGGAACGUUUGAAGCAGGCAGAUGGUUUCGUCAGCGCCUGGACCAUUAAUAAAGCCUCCAGUUUCUUAUGCUGAAAGUGUAAAAAAGACUCCUCGCUCUCCUAACACUAUUCGGAACUCUCUUGGAGACUUCCCAACCGUCUCUGGCGCGUCUGGGGUAUCUUCCUCUUCCUCGCCACCUUCGAACACCACAUCCAAAUUACCCAAAUCGCUUAGUUCUGUCGAAGCGAUAGGCGGAUCUCAGGCCGGUGCUUCUGAUUUUCCAGAACUUCCUACCGAAAUAUCUUCGCAGCACACCGUCAAGGACCACAAUGGGCCGACGAACCAUGUGCAUCCGAAUGCCAACAACGUGUCAAAGGCGGCGCCUGCUGUAAACGUAUGGACCGAACGUUUGAAAGAGCAGAUGGCCCUUGCACAUCUACACGUACACCAACCUCAGAGGCAACCUCACGCAAUAGUCACAUCUUCUGUCGGAGCGCCUUCAGUCCCUCCCAGGCCAAGACCCAUCAUCAUGGGUACUCCCCCACAUCUAGUUGAUGCCCCCAAUACUGUCCCAUCGACUUCCACGUCUCAUUCGAGUCCAUCACAGACGAUUUCUAUCGAUGGAGACGAUAAUGACCAUGAUCCUUUUAUCGUGCGCAUGCCUUCACACCUUUCUCGACACUCGUCCUCCAAGUCUAUCCGUCUAGUCAAUGACACUGAUAUUUCUAAUUGGCAAGAGGUCGCGAAACCUCCAUCUAUCGACCUUGGAGGAAAUGACGGCGGUGAGAAGUCCCGAAGAUCGGAAAGUCACCCUGGCGCAUAUAAUUCCUCAAAUUCAGCUGAUCAAUCUAGAAAGAAUAGUAUCGAUUCCACCCGACAUCAAGGUGAUUCAAGACCACCAUCAGCUCAAAUGUCUCGGCUGAACAGCAGAAACGUAUUCGAGGGGAACUCUACAGGUUCGCACUCGGUGCCCUAUUCCCAAGUAGAAAGUCGAGCUGGGAGCUCGUCUUCGAGUCCUCGGCUACAAGUCCGAGGAAGGCGACUACCGGAUGACGAUUUCACUGUAGUAUAUGACCUUCGUCAUGAGGCUCCAAAGGUUCCUUAUAACCCACCACGCAUGAAUUCAAGGGUCACAGAGAGGACUGCAUACCACCAUCACACUUUGUCUCAUCCUCCCGACAUUGCAUCGCAUUACUUCAGAUCUCCGCCCAUACCACCCACUAUUGACACACCACUGCAUUCUGCACGGCUGUCGCCGCUACUGUCGGCCAUUCGACAUCCGUACUACGUAAAUCCCGUUUCAGGACACACCUCUCCUACGUACGCGGGCUCGCGCCCUCCCUCUGGAGCUGGUACUCCGCCAUACUCAGUAUAUCCUCCAUACACAGCGACAUGCGGAUACUGUCAUUCGCGCAUUUCGUGGGAUGGGUUCGUUCCCCCAAUCCACUCUCGUCCUGUUCCCGGCUUUUCUACCCCGUUACUGCAGGACGAAUACGUUGUGCCUCCACCGAUGCAUCUGUCGUUCUUCAAUCCGCCGUUUGCAGGCACAACGGAACCAUCACCAAAAACCCGUUUAGCGCAGAGUGAGCGUUCGCGUGAGAGCUCGCAGGAUUCACAUGUGCCUCCUGCUAUUAUUUCACGAAAUAUGGUCUUUGGAAGUAUCGACGCGACUUGUGAUCGCGUCCAUCAGACGCCGAACGAAAAGGAGGCUGCGGGGAAAGAGGGCGAGAAAUCCGUUGGGCGAAUGGCGGAACACUUCUCUGGCUUUUGUAUUGGUAUUCCACCUGGCGAACCGGCACCACCUCGUCAAGGAAACAAAAAACAUCCGACCAAGAGUCUUUCAAGGCCUCCUGCGAGUCCCGUAACGGAAGCUACAGAUAAUGCGAAGGCGAUCGAUGAUGCACCUCAGGAAGGGUGUAAGGUGGCUGAGAAUACCGUUACUGGAGAAGAUGUUUUAACACCUGGUAAGAAGUGGGUGUUUGGAACGACGGCGUUUGCCAGGCUGAACGAGGCUAGUCCACUGGAGGAUUCAAAGAGCACGUCAUCUGAGCACCCACCUCCACCCGCUGAACCUACGCAAGCAGUUGCUCCUCUACCUAACCAGCAUCCGCCUACCGUGACAUCCGUAGCACAGCCCUCCAGGAAGGAGAAACCUGUCACGCCGCCAAUUAGUAAAACACAGAACGGACUUGUAAUGAUGAAGUCUGAGGACAAUUCUGCAACGAGCGACGUCUGGGAGGUCAAGGACUACGGAUAUGGAUUCGGCGAUAUGAGUGGCACAGAUAAUGCCACUGAUGUCAUUCGCCGCGCCAAAGAGGCUCGGGAGAAGCAGCGACAGCUCGAGUGGCAGACAGAGCAGGCAAAAAUACAGUUGCAGAAGGAACAGGAGUUACAGCUUGAAGUACAGGAGAUCCACACUCCGCACACGUGGCAGGAGGCAUACGAAGGGCGAGAACUGUGGGACCAAGUCAAAGAGUUUGGACGUGGGCGACCCCGUCGAGGCUCUUGGGCUGGUCCGUAUGGGCCGCAUGAACGGGGCACUUAUGGGGGUCGAAGAGCUCGUGGAUUUGGUGGCCGCUACCAAGGGCGACAUGCUGGCCGUGGGGGUUACCACCACCACCAACGAUCUUCUAUAUCUUCUCUCACGCCGCCUCCACAGUUUAAUCCUUUGCCGCUACCUGGUGCCGAAUAUAUGAACGGUUACGUCCAGAUACCAUCUUAUACACCUCCCGAUUACGAAUUGUACCACCCUGUUCCACUUACCAUUCCUGUGAAUGGCGCACCUUCCAUCCCUUUGCCACAGCCGGCAUUGCCGCUCCCCCUGGAUCCGACACAGUCAUGUCUUCUCGUCCAGUUGGAGUAUUAUCUGAGUUCUCAGAACAUGGCACAGGACUUCUUUCUCCGGCAGCGGAUGGAUGAUCAGGGAUGGAUACCCAUUUCACUGAUAGCUUCAUUCAACAGGGUGAAAAAGCUUACCACAGAGGUUGAUCUUGUGCGCGAUGUACUCAACCUGUCAAGUUUGACUGAGGUCAAGGGUGAAUAUGUACGGAUGGCCAAGGAACAGUGGAAGCAGUUCGUCUUGCCUGAUGCUCCAAGGAGCAUUGUGUGCCAUCCGAUUGAAUCCGAGGCAAUAGAGUCCCAGGACGAUCAGGUCGCUUAUGCUCAGGUUCAGGAUAGUGAGAUAGAAGAAGAAGGUGAUACGUAUGGGGAAGAUGACGACGACGAAGACAUCGUCUUUGUCAUUGGCGAAGAAGCAGAAGGCUCAUGGGCGCCAGAACGACGACCAGCAGCGUCGGAAAGCACUUGAUCACUGGAAUUGCGUUCAAGUGAUUCUUUAAAAAGCAUUCUCGAACGAAGUUGAUACCCUUACCCGUGU